AUGGUGAAAAUCGAACAAUUUGCUGUUGAACAUUGGAUGGACGAGUAUGAAACCACGGUGGCGUACAACAUUGCAGAAACCUGCUGUGCAUCAAUAUCGAUUGAGGAUCUCAAGCAACUGUCUGAGGACAAGUCCUUCGACCCUCUUUCGCUUUCUACCAAGCUCACUUAUGGUCCCAUUCGCGGUUCGGAACAGCUACGAAGCACCUUAGCCCAUCUUUACUCUGUGAAAACCCCGUCGCCUCUCCCACAGGAUAAUGUUCUGAUAAGCCCGGGAGCAAUACAAGCGAAUUUCCUCCUUUUGUAUACGUUGAUUGCACCAGGAGACCAUGUUAUCUGCCACUAUCCUACGUACCAACAGCUCUACUCGGUUCCCGCAUCCCUGGGGGCCGAAGUGAGUCUGUGGAAGUCAAAGGAGGCCGAUGGAUGGAAGCUGGAUAUUGCUGAAUUGGAGUCUCUUAUCAAGCCCAAUACCAAGCUCAUCAUCUUGAACAAUCCUCAGAAUCCAACAGGCGCUAUAAUCCCUCGCAGGACACUCGAGGAGAUUGUUGAGAUUGCUCGGAAAUCAUCUAUCCUUGUUUUCGCAGAUGAGGUUUACCGGCCUCUUUUCCACUCCAUCAGUCCCAUGGACGAAGAUUUCCCGCCUUCCCUAUUAUCUCUCGGGUAUGAACGUACCGUGGUUACCGGAUCAAUGUCAAAAGCCUACAGCUUGGCAGGGAUCCGCGUUGGGUGGAUUGCUUCGCGUGAUAGGGAGGUCAUUGAAGCGUGCGCUGCUGUUCGCCACUAUGCGACUAUUUCAGUCGGCCAGAUUGACGAUGCUAUCGCCAGCUACGCACUGGCCCCAACGUGUAUCCAUGCUCUCCUGAAGCGGAAUAUUGAGUUGUCCAGGAAGAACCUAGCUAUUUUGGAGAAGUUCAUCGACUCCCAUCGGUGGGCAUGCGAAUGGGUCCGACCACGCGCAGGAACGACUGCCUUUGUUCGCUUUACUAAGAUGGGAAAGCCCGUGGACGAUGUCGCAUUUUGUCGGACUCUGAUAGAGCGGACGGGCGUCAUGUUCGUACCGGGAAGCUCCUGUUUUGGAAGCGGAGGAGAUUUCAAGGGCUAUGUCCGGAUUGGAUUUGCCUGCGAGACGGAAGUCUUGGAGAAGGGGCUGGAGGCAUUGAAGGCAUUCAUGGAGGACGGGUAUGAAGAGGUGCCAAUCGUCAAGAAGAAAUAA